UAUGUCCUACACACUGGUGUUCCUAAAAUACAGAAAGAUGAUGAGAUACUAUGGAGAUUUAGAGAUAAAGAUGUUAUUGCUAAAAUUAAGAAAGACGAACACAUCUUCUCUACAUAUGAUAAUAGUGCUGAUGGGAUAUUCAGAAGCAGACUGCACCUGAAUCUGCAGACUGGAGAUAUCAUCAUCAGUAACAUCAGAAACAGCUCUUCUGGACUUUAUGAAGUUGAUUUCAAGAAGAGCAGCUACACCACACACAAGUCAUUCAAUGUUAUUGUCAGUGAUGAACUGAACAGAGUGCAAGUGAAGGAGGGAGUUUUUGUCACUCUGGGAUCUGGUCUUACUAAAUUAGAAGGAGAUGAUCUGGUUCAAUGGAGAUUUGAACAUGAAGACCAUGUCAUAGCAAAAAUCAACAAAACAGCUUCAUCAUCCUCUACAUUUGAUGGUGCUAAUGGAAGAUUCAGAGGCAGACUGGAGCUGGAUGAUGAAACUGGAUCUCUGACCAUCAGAAAGAUUGCAGCUGCACACUCUGGACUCUAUCACCUCGAUAUCACCGGCAGCAGACACACCAUAUUCAAGAAAUUCAUUGUUUUUGUCUGCGAUUCAGGUCUGCCUCCAGCUACUGUAGCAGGGAUUGUUGUUGGUGUUGGUGUUUUUCUGCUCGUGGGUGCAGCUGCGUUUUACUAUUACCACAGGAGAUAUAAAAUGGCAAGUAUCACCUAG